AUGCGACGCCGUGUCUCAAAUCCUCCUUUGUCAAUCUCUUCUUCCUUCUCUCUCCUUCCUCUCGUGUGCUACUUUGUCUUGUCUUUCCCUCUACCUGGCGACGACGAGGAACUCCAGGCGCCCCCAUUGAUGCCCAUGAGAUCGCGCUUCGCCGAGGCCACAGGGCCUGAAGUUUUGCCAGAGGUGGAUGUUACGAGAAAUGGCGACGAAGCACCAGAGCCUUUCCGUGGAUACGAUGGAUUGGAAGUGGUCGACACCGAUUUGCCUGGCUCAAGCGUCAGGACAAAGCCCGAGAAUGUGGCUGCACCAGCAAUCGAAAGCACAACGCAGCAGAAAAACGCGAGAAGAAGAAGGAUAAUAUGGAUUGCGGUUGCAGCGAUGAUUCUGGUGGUGGUGAUAGUGGCGGCUGUGGUUGGCGGUGUUCUUGGGUCGCGACAUCACAACUCCGCAGCGUCCUCGAGGACUUCGAGCGCUCCUUCGUCCCCUUCUACGACUCCUUCGUCAUCGUCGCCCAACGCCAUCGCCUCCAACUCAAGUCUUGCGGUAACUGGAAAGGAUGGCCAAUUGCGCAUGACCGGCUACAGCUCCAGUGAUGGCAAAUGGUCAACGGUAGCAACAUAUCAAACGGACCCGCCACUUAGGCCGGGUUCUCCGCUUGCAGCUGGCUGUUAUAAUUCCACAUUCUACUUCAAAAAUGAAGUGAACUCCACUAGUGGUUAUAUCAACGAUUGGACGAUCCAAGAAGAAGUGGCCCCCGUACGAACAACGACCAAUAAAAAGGGAACCCUCUCUGCGAGCGCCCUAAGAGCAGGCAUGAGCACGAGGCUUGCAGCACACUGGCCAAGCGUUGUCUUUCAGAACGAGGUAAAUGGAUUAGAAGAAGCCUACUAUUCAGUACAAAACCAUUGGGCCCACAAAAUCUUGAACCUCUCGGCCGUCAAUCAUUCGGCACUGGUAGAAGUCCCAUGGUGGGGAUCAAGGACCGGCAGCGCCAAUUUCAUCUAUCAACGAGAUGAUCAUACGCUUUUUGCGGAGAUGAGGCAUAACGCCACCGCAGACGCAGUUGCGGAUGACCCAGCACCCAACGUCUCCAUCCCGCUGCAAGCAGCCAUCGGCGCGUUUGCUAUCCCCAAGACUGCUAGAAACCUGGACAGCCUGAUGAAUUUCUAUGUUUUAUGGAGGAAUGGCACUGUUCUCCAAAUGACCAAGAAUGACGACAACAACGGGUGGCAAACCUCAUCGACGCCAGAUGCCCUUGGAAGUCCCGACGACGGAACCGAUAUUACGUGCCUUACUGCAACCGACUAUGUUAUAACUCCUAUACAAUCCAAAUACGACAUGGCCCGCUGUUAUUACAUGGUAGAUGGAAAAGUAAGGGAGGUAAAGUACGAUGGAUCAACUUGGUCUGUUGUUGGAUAUGUGCCAUUGGAUUGA